UAUUUUAAUGAAGAUUUAAUUACUUGCCAAUUUGUUUUACCAUCAAUAUUGUCUUUUUUUACGUUUUAUUUUAGCUUAAUAUAUAAUAACAACUUAUAUAAAUGUAUCCUCUAUUCUCAUCUAGAAUAUCUUUUGUUCUACAAAAAGCAUCCGUCGUUAUUAUAAUUUUGCUAAAUUAUUCAUUCAAAUUACUUUACACUUUAAUACAAAAAUUUAGUAUCAUCCGUCGUUCUCACUCAUUCUAAUACAUAAUCGAAAUCGUUCGUGAAUGUUAUUAAUUAUGACCUAACUUUUCUAGUUGCCAACACAAUUUUUUCGUCUUUAUACUCAAGAGCAAAAAUCCAGAACAUCCACUGAAACAGACGUGAACCUAAAAAAGACCUAAUAUAUUUUGGGACUUGGGUCUUAUUAAAAGCCUUUUGAAACGGCUAAUUAUUAUAUAAGUAUUAUAGGAAAUUUAUGUGAAAUUAGCUGUUCAACUACAUUCGCAUAAAUAAAUUAAUUAGUAGAUAAAACAUUCCAUCAAUCGAUUCAUUUAGUGUUAUCCCACAUCAUUAUUAAAGGAAAAAAACGACAUUGUUCUUCGUCGAUCAACAUGCAUAUUUUUUUUAAUUUUUUUGACUUUUUAUCUUUCUCUUGUAAUAAUUCUGCUUUAUUAUAACGAUUUGCGCAUUUAUAGACAUAUGUUGGAGAAUUAAAAGGUAAUUGUUUCAGCUGUCUACAUCGACAUUGAUGAUGAAGAAAAAGUAGACGAUUAUAAUAAAAUAUAUUCAAGAUGGUCCGAGUUACCGGAUUUGGUUUUGGAAAGAAUAUUUUCUUAUUUAACGAUGCGGCAAAAAUAUUACGCCAGUUUGGUGUGUAAAAAUUGGCAUAGAGCGUUCUAUCUUCAGUACGUGUGGUCACAUUUUAUUCUGGCCGAUUCCACACUUACUCGAGGAAGGUUUAAUUACUAUUCGGGAUGGCAGUAUGUCCUAGAUCAUCUUCGCACCCAGUUAUGUCUCACAUGCGUCGGAAAAAGCUUUAGACAUCUAACGUUCGAACCGAUGCUCAACUUUUACAACUUGUAUGAGUUUAUGAAUAUGGUCUCGUGGUACAUAGAACAAGCUUACCACAAACAAGAAGAAGAUAUGGGUAUUGGCUGCAAUAUCAGAAGUUUAAAAUUUACAUUUCCAUGCGAUAUGUCCAGUCGAGAGGAAACAGAGAGAAUACGGUUGUUUGGAACUGGUGGUAAACUUUUAGCGGCGUUGAAACGUCUAAUGGGUAAUUUAAAGAAAUUGGUAAGGUUGGAAUUAAUCGACUUAAUGUUGCAUCCAGAAGAAGCGCAACACUUACUGGACGAAGUGUGCGAUUCGGUCGGUUUUACUCUCAAAUAUUUGUCACUCAUUAACACCACAAGGGUCCCUUGUCAAAUAUUACAUGUUGGUGUGUUACUAAAUUUACAGGUUCUAAAAAUAAGUCCACAAAAUUUGGGUGAAGACAUGGUCGAGUUGAUAGGCUACACAAAUUUAAGACACUUGCAUAUAUUACAAAAUCAGUAUACUCCCAGUGACUCACCUGUAAUUGGUGUGUCACCGAAAAUUUGGAAAGUGUGUAGGAAGAACAACUCAAAAUUGUGUGUUCAUUUAGAAGUAAUAAGUAAUAAGAAGAAGUGUCCGGUGUGGCAAGAAGGCGCUCCUGUUCGAUCUGUUUUGUUUGAUUCGCCCCAAACAGGAUUACAUAGCGAUGUUGUAAUGAAUGCGAUUGAGUUUUAUAAAAAGGAUUUAAGAGUAUUUGGACACAAAAAUGUGCCGCGUUUUUAUCAACCCAAAUCAUUUCACGAACGUAUUGACGGAUUAUUACUAUUAUUAUGUGGAGAAUGUCUUCAUUUACAAACGUUGGUGGUUACGGAAAGAAUAUCUACGUGUACGAUACUAUUAAUCGCACAAACUACAAAAAAUAUUCACAAUUUGUUCAUUAGAAGAAAUGCGGUGAUAAAGAGAUGUGACUGGCCUAAAAAUUCAGAAUGGUCCGACGAUUUUUACGAAUGGCUUAAGAUUAACAGUAGAAAUUACGAAUUGGUUGAAAAGGAAGUCUCUCGGAUUAUAGGAAAUAAGUGGAGAAUGUUGAGCGAUAAAGAAUUUAAAGUUUUAAAUAUCAAUUUACAUUAAAAUUGAACUACAUCGUAUUAAACGUUUAGUGGUAACUGUGGUCAAUCAUAUUAAUUUAAUUUUCAUCUCCGUUAUUAUUUAAAAAUAACCAAGAUUUAAUUUCUUGGGAAUGGAAUUUUGCUUUUUUAUCCUUUUUUAUUUUUUAUCAGAAUGUGUCUGUACAUGGUUUAUCUUGUAAUAAGUUUGCUGUUCUGAUGAAUUAUUAUGAAAUACAAUAAUGAUACUUCACAA